AUGUCCACCCCCAAGAACCUAGCUGCAUGGCUCAUCAAAGCUGGCUCGCCCCUACAGCUGGUCCGGGGAGAACUCGUCGUUAAAAACGCCGCAAUUGCUAUCAACCCACUCGAUUGUCAUAUGCAGGACUCUGGUGUCUUUGUGCAACAAUGGCCCGCCAUCUUCGGUUGCGAUAUUGCCGGUGAGGUGUACGAAGUGGGAAAUGAUGUUGAACGCUUCAAGACAGGAAAUCGUGUAAUUGGACAUGCUAUCAAUCUGACUAGUGGGCGCCCCCAGGAUGGCGCAUUUGCUCUUUACACAGUAAUUCCUGCAAACAAAGCGGCCAUACUCCCCGAUGAAAUAUCCUUUACGGAUGGUGUUGUGGUCCCAUUUGCAUUGGAGGCGGCUGUCUGCGUGCUUUCUCUCAAGGAGCCCGGUGUAGCCAUGCCUGGUGUAGCUACACCGGCACUGCGCCUUCCAUACCCCUCGCUGCAGGACGUACCAUCGUCUGGCAAAACGCUUGUUAUAUAUGGUGGCUCAUCCUCUGUUGGCUCCAUGACGACCCAGCUUGCCAAAGCGGCCGGACUACACGUCAUCGCGAUUGCCGGAGCACACAAUUUGGAAUCCAGCAAGCGAUGCGGUGCAGCUCAAGUAUUUGAUCGGAAUGACACUUCACUUCCCGACAAGGUUAUCGAAGCAGUUAGAGCGAGUGGUGGCGAGUUCGUUGGAAUAUUUGAUGCUAUAGCUACCCCCGAGACUUACGCUCACGACAUCACCAUUCUUUCUCAGCUGGGUGGAGGACACCUUGCUUGCGUGCACCCGCCUCCUCCUGCUACCGAUCUCCCCACUGGUAUCAAUGCCGGUAUGAUCUUUGCCGUCAACGAUGUUGCGACGCCUGUCUGGGAGAAAUAUGUUACGCCUGCCUUGAAGUCUGGAAAGCUCCAGUGCUUUCCGCCCCCGCUUGUCGUCGGCAAAGGCUUAGAGCAUAUACAAUCUACGUUAGAAAAAUCCAAGGCAGGAGUCAGUGCCACAAAGCUAGUGGUGGAGCUGUAA